ACGGCUCGGAGGAAGAAAAGCCUCCCAGCUAAAGUGAAAGGUGUUAUAUUCUAUUUAUAAGUUAGAAAUAAGCAAUACGGCCAGGCCGUUCUUUAUGAAUAAAAAAAAAGAAACAGUAUUUUUCUAUUUCUUGAUCUAUACCAACUAGUUUAUGCGUUCAAUGGCGAUCGUGUGCGCUGCAGAAUAGAUCAAAAGAACAGCAGCACCAAUGCGUUAGAAAGAGAGGGUAGUGUGUUUCUCGUUCCUGAACUACUUUAUACUUGCGAGAGCGAGACGCUACACAAGUGCUGUUAGUUUUCUUUGAUACCUGCUACAAAAAGGACGCUUGCAAAAAUGCACCAACGUUUGGUGUGUUUAAUUACUUUUUUAAUAGUAAAGAUCACUUAUUGUAAACUAUCUACGAUCGAUGAUGUUUUAGGAUGUCGUUUAGAGUCGGGUGAACUUGUCGAUUGGUAUUAUCUGUACAAGUUGCCGAAAGAAUCUUCCGAGCGUGAUUCUCCAACGAAUGGCUUACGUUACACGUAUGUGUCUUCGAAGGAUGUUGCUGGAACGGAAGGCAUUCCUCUACAGUGGCAUUCUGCCCGGUACGACAUGAACCAAUCGGAUAGCAUACCAGGUCGUACGAUCAUACCGUCAACGGAGCAUCCAAACACACGGCUCACGAUCAUGUACAACGAUGAGCCAACGAACGCACCGGUUGAUAUGGAGCGUGGCCAUACGAAGGGAGUUGUCAGUACGGAUGGUAUUAACGGCUUUUGGUUGAUUCAUUCCGUUCCGAAAUUUCCACCCAUAAUCGGUGUCGAUUAUAGCUAUCCGCACACCGGCAUGCUUUAUGGACAAAGUUUCCUUUGCAUUUCACUGGACGCCACACAGAUGGAAACGGUUGGCCAUCAGCUACUGUUCAACGAAGUGACCGUUUAUUCGGCGAAUGUUCCCCCAACACUGGCCGACCGUUUUCCCACGCUAAACCGUGCCGCCAAAAUGGCACCGGUAGAUAAGUCACCUCCGUUUUAUAGCCAGCAAACGGUUCGUUCGCGUGCCGGUGUAGAGUUUGUAACGUUCGCGAAAAGCCGCCACUUCGGGAAGGAACUGUACGCGGACUGGAUUGCACCGGCACUGGAUACGGGGCUGAUGGUGGAAAGUUGGCAACACGGUACCGGCAAUCUGCCGAGCGAAUGUUCCAGAGGUCGCCGGCAUAGUGUGUUGAAUGUGCGUGAAGUUUCCGUUGGACGGGAGGAUCGCUUUACCACGCUGAAGGAUCACUCGAAAUGGGCUGUUGGUGCAGAUGAGAAAGGCGGCAAGGAAGAAUGGGUUUGUGUGGGGGAUAUUAAUAGACAGGAACAUCAGAAGCAGCGUGGCGGUGGAAGUGUUUGUCAAGCGUCGGUUCAGGUUGCUGCACUGUACCGGGGAAUGAUCGAUUCAGUUGAACCGUGUCCGAAAGUGAAACCAAAUGGUGAAUGUUAAGUGAUUAAAAUAUAAAAAAAGAAAGGUGAAAAUUUAAUACAAAAUCUAUGUGUGUGUAGAUAGUGUUUUUAGUAUCCUUAAGAAGUAGUGUUUUUAUUAUAAGUGUUUGUUUAGUUAGUUGUAGUUUAGUUUUCGGUAGUUUUGUGAUUUUAUUAUAUUGCUUAUCGGGCUCUAGCAAAGUGCUAAAUGUUGAAAUAUCUUCCAGCAACUAUCUACAAUCAUCCAAUUCAGAUUGGUACAACUUUAAUUUUAUGCAAAUGACGAUCGUCGAUCAUCGAUAUGGUGUGCUGUAAGAUAAUCAUUUUUAUUUUAUAAAUACCACUCUGUAUCUCAUCAUGGUUUAAGGAGGACAACGGGAAAUCUAUGUACUUUCCGGGCAAGAAAAUGACAAACGGAAAAAAGAGCACAACCCAUUGACCUCGAUCUAGUUUAAUCGAUCGGGCAACUCUUGAUUGAUUUUUGGAAGAAAAUUUCCACCUGAAAUGAAAGGUGCUUAGCUAGAACUGACAUGUCAAAUGAUCGCGCUACAAACUAUCGAGAAGUUACGGUUAGCUUACAUGGCCGUGGCUUAGUAUUGUUUUGGGAAAAUAGCUUGAUGAUCCAUGAUCGCUUAC